AAAUUAUUGUAUUUAUCCUUUAUACAUGAACGCAAAGAUUUCUGUUUUUUCGUUGGAACUCAUACAUACAUAAACAGAGAGAGAUAGGGAUGUCAGAGAAAUUCUCGGCAACGCUGAGACUCGGGGACCUGAAUGAUUACAUAUCUCCGUCACAGGGCUGCGUUGUUUCUCUCAAGGCUAGCUCCACAAGGCAAGACAAAUCACAGAACCUUGAGAAAGUUGGGACUGCCACUAAACCACUGCAAACAGAACCCGUAAAAAUUUCACUAAAGGACUGCUUGGCAUGCAGUGGGUGCAUAACUUCAGCAGAGACUGUUAUGCUUGAGAAGCAGAGCUUGGAUGAGUUCCUUUCUAAUAUUGAUAGGGGGAAGGCCGUUAUUGUCUCACUCUCUCCUCAGUCUAGGGCUGCACUUGCGGUUCAUUUUGGCCUUUCUCCAGUUCAGGUUUUCAGGAAGCUCACAACAUUUUUCAAGUCCUUGGGAGUCAAGGCUCUAUUUGAUACCAGCUGUAGUAGAGACCUCUCACUUAUUGAAUCUUGUAAUGAAUUUAUAGCACGUUAUAAAAUAAGCCAAUCAACUGGUGAUGAGAAAUCUAAACAAUCCCUACCCAUGAUUGCCUCUGCUUGUCCAGGUUGGAUAUGCUAUGCUGAGAAAACUCUUGGAUCCUAUAUUCUUCCUUAUAUAUCCUCAGUGAAGAGCCCCCAGCAAACUAUUGGAGCUAUCAUUAAGAAUCACAUUUGUCAAAACUUGUGUCUUAGGCCAGACGAGGUCUACCAUGUAACUGUGAUGCCUUGUUAUGACAAGAAGCUUGAGGCUGCCAGGGAUGACUUUGUGUUUCAACUAGAAUCUCCAGGUGAUACUCAUGGAAAUACUGGUCUAGAGAUUACAGAAGUUGACUCUGUGUUGACUACUGGAGAGGUUUUAGAUUUGAUACAGUCAAAAUCAGUAGAUUUUAAAGCUUUGGAAGAGUCUUCUCUGGAUAAAUUGUAAGCUCAGCAUAUCUACUUUCCUCCAAUGAUAAUUGAGUUGCUUUGACAAAUGAAAUGUCUGUUGUUUUUCACAGGCUGGUUAACGUUAAUGAAGAGGGACAUUUUUAUGGGGUUCAUGGAAGUUCUGGAGGAUAUGCAGACACUAUAUUUCGGUAUGCAGCUAAAUUCCUUUUUGGGAAAGAAAUUAAAGGCCCUCUGGACUUCAAGAUUAUAAGGAAUUCAGAUUUUCGAGAAUUGAGCUUAGAGGUUGAGGGUAAAAUUGUCUUAAGGUUUGCACUUUGUUAUGGAUUUCGGAAUCUGCAGAACGUUGUUAGGAAAAUCAAAAUUGGGAAAUGUGAAUACCAUUUUUUGGAGAUCAUGGCAUGCCCUUCAGGUCUCGUGCUUAUGUAAUUUAUAUGUUACAGUUGUCGUUCAAUUUGUAGUAUUAGCCUGCUGUUUGUAGCUCUAUGAUUUGCCUCUCUUUUGAUUAACA